AAUAAACUUUGGGGCGGUCGUUUUGUGGGGGACACUGAUCCAAUCAUGGAGAAGUUUAAUGCGUCGAUCACCUAUGACCAGAGGAUGUGGGAUGCUGAUCUCCGAGGGAGCAAGGCUUAUGUCAAAGCUCUGGAAAAGGCGAAGCUGGUCAGCGCCGAGGAAAUGGAGCAAAUUCUGCAAGGGAUGGAUCAGAUUUCUGACGAAUGGUCUAAAGGUGUGUUUUUGAUCAAACCCGAAGAUGAAGACAUUCACACAGCCAACGAGCGCAGGCUCAAGGAGCUGAUUGGUGCCCCUGCAGGAAAGUUGCACACCGGCAGGAGCAGAAAUGAUCAGGUGGUGACAGACAUGAGGCUGUGGCUGCGAGAUGCCAUCGCCAUCCUAACAGAUAAUACCCUGCAGCUCAUCUCCACCAUGGUGGAGCGGGCGGCAAUAGAAAUUGACGUCCUUUUUCCUGGUUACACCCACAUGCAGAGGGCUCAACCAAUCAGAUGGAGCCACUGGAUUCUAAGCUAUGCUGUCACUUUAAGCAGAGAUGUGGAGCGGCUUCUGGGGAUCAAGAAGAGAGCAAAUAUUUUACCUCUUGGCAGCGGCGCCAUCGCUGGCACACCGUUUGACAUCGACAGAGAGCUACUACAGAAAGAGUUGGGAUUUGAUGGCAUCAGUCUAAAUAGCAUGGAUGCCACAGGCCAGAGAGACUUUGUUGCGGAGUUCUUGUUCUGGGCUUCACUGUGUUUGACCCACCUUAGUAAGAUGGCUGAGGAUCUCAUGCUGUACAGCACAAAGGAGUACUCCUUCGUCACACUCUCUGAUGCCUACAGCACAGGCAGCAGUCUGAUGCCCCAGAAGAAGAACGCCGACAGUCUGGAGCUGAUCCGGAGUAAAGCAGGCCGUGUCUUUGGCCGAUGUGCAGGAUUCAUGAUGACUCUGAAAGGCCUGCCGAGCACGUACAACAAGGACUUACAGGAGGACAAAGAAGCCAUGUUUGACUGCUACGAUACUGUCCAUGCUGUGCUGCAGGUGACAACUGGAGUCAUGUCGACUUUGAAGAUCAAUCAGAGUAUGAUGGAAGCCGCUCUCAGUCCCGACAUGUUGGCUACGGAUCUGGCCUACUACCUUGUGAGGAAGGGGGUGCCAUUCAGAGAAGCCCAUGGUCUUUCUGGGAAAGCUGUAUUUACCGCUGAAUGUAAAAACGUCUCCCUGAAUCAACUUACUCAGGCAGACCUUACUGCUGUCAGCCCGCUGUUUGGAAGUGAUGUAUCUUCAGUGUGGGACUACAGAAGCAGCGUGGAGCAGUAUAGCGCUCCUGGAGGAACAGCCAAGAGUAGCGUCACUGCCCAGGUGGAGCACCUGAGGAACUGGCUGAAGAUGCAGGCACAGUGACUUUUUCUCAGUGUCACCUCCAGCUGUCAGACUGGAUAUUACACCUUGAAGCCACCCUGCCUUUAAAAGCUUGUAAUCUCUUUGCUUUAUGUGAAUGCAUCUCAGGAUACCUUUGUUGAUCAUGUUUUCUUUCUUGACCAUUGAUCAAUAGCUGGCAAAAGAAAGUGAUGUUAUAGACUUCCUGUUAAGAAUGAUUAAUUUCCAUAAAUAAACAAUUACUGUGGA